GGCUGUGGAUUGCACUAUCUGGUGUCUGCUACCUAUUUCUGCCUCACUGCAUCAAGCAGGAAAGACACUGGCCUUCCCUUGUCUACAGGAUUUAAAACUAAACAGUCCCCCCCUUUCCCCCACCCCUUGAAAUGAUAGUUUUGUUGGUUCUACAGAGGAGACGUGUUUUGCUUUAAGGGCUGCAGGAAAAGGCAGUCUGCAGAGUGAAGCUUGGGAGCGGAGAGCACAAUCUGGUGGCUGGAUAGCUGUGGGGACCGCGUUGUCUGGCUUCAUGAUCCCUGCUGUGUAGCAGCCUCGUCUCUUCUCUCACUCAUUCCCUCUAUCUCUCUUCUCCCUUUUUAACCCCUCUUUUGAGAUAGCAAGCAUCUGGAGCCAGCCAUGUUUGGCACUGAAUCGUCAUUGAGUAUGUUUUUGAACACGUUAACGCCCAAGUUCUACGUUGCCCUAACAGGCACUUCCUCAUUAAUCUCAGGGCUUAUUUUGAUAUUUGAAUGGUGGUAUUUUCGCAAGUAUGGGACGUCAUUCAUUGAGCAAGUCUCUGUGAGUCACUUGCGCCCUCUGCUGGGUGGGGUGGACAACAACUCUCCCAACAACUCAAAUACAAGCAAUGGAGAUUCUGAUUCAAACCGCCAGAGCGUUUCAGAGUGCAAAGUCUGGCGAAAUCCACUAAACCUGUUCAGAGGAGCUGAAUAUAACCGGUAUACGUGGGUGACAGGGCGAGAACCUUUGACAUACUACGAUAUGAAUCUUUCAGCUCAAGACCAUCAAACAUUCUUCACAUGUGAUACAGACCAUUUAAGGCCAGCAGAUGCCAUCAUGCAAAAGGCGUGGAGAGAAAGAAAUCCCCAGGCCAGAAUUUCUGCAGCACAUGAAGCCUUAGAAUUAAAUGAGUGUGCCACUGCUUAUAUUCUCUUGGCAGAAGAGGAAGCAACAACUAUUGUGGAAGCAGAAAAACUGUUUAAACAGGCUCUGAAGGCCGGUGAAGGCUGUUACAGACGUAGCCAACAGUUACAGCAUCACGGUGCCCAGUAUGAAGCUCAGCAUAGACGGGACACUAAUGUAUUAGUCUACAUUAAAAGGAGGCUGGCUAUGUGUGCAAGAAAACUGGGGAGGACCAGGGAAGCUGUGAAAAUGAUGAGAGAUUUAAUGAAAGAAUUCCCUCUUCUUAGCAUGUUCAACAUCCAUGAAAAUUUGCUGGAAGCUCUGCUGGAGUUACAAGCAUAUGCAGAUGUGCAGGCCGUUUUAGCAAAAUAUGAUGAUAUAAGUUUACCAAAAUCAGCAACAAUAUGCUACACUGCUGCCCUUCUCAAAGCCAGAGCUGUCUCUGACAAGUUUUCUCCAGAGGCAGCUUCAAGACGAGGGCUGAGUACGGCAGAGAUGAAUGCAGUAGAAGCUAUUCACAGAGCAGUAGAAUUUAAUCCACAUGUGCCAAAAUAUCUCCUAGAAAUGAAAAGCUUAAUAUUGCCCCCUGAGCAUAUUUUGAAGAGAGGCGACAGCGAAGCAAUAGCUUACGCUUUCUUUCACCUUCAGCACUGGAAAAGGGUCGAGGGGGCACUGAAUCUCUUACAUUGUACGUGGGAAGGCACUUUCAGAAUGAUCCCUUAUCCAUUGGAAAAAGGGCAUCUUUUCUACCCUUACCCCAUCUGUACAGAAACAGCAGACAGAGAACUUCUUCCAUCAUUUCAUGAAGUCUCAGUUUACCCCAAGAAAGAGCUUCCUUUCUUUAUUCUCUUCACUGCCGGAUUAUGUUCCUUCACAGCUAUGCUGGCCCUUCUGACACAUCAGUUCCCAGAGCUAAUGGGAGUCUUUGCAAAAGCAUUUCUUAGUACUCUCUUUGCCCCCUUGAACUUCGUGAUGGAGAAAGUGGAAAGCAUCCUGCCCUCCAGUCUCUGGCAUCAGCUAACAAGGAUCUGAAGAGAAAUAGUCCUGAAUGACUGCCAUGACAUUUUCGGUGCCAACUUACCGUUGACUACCAGAAAGCAUGAUUUUUUUAAAAAAGGGAAGCCGUUCUAAGCUCUUCAUGGAUUGUCUGUUAUCACAUAAUUUUUUGUUGUACAAAAAACAUUGAUGUUUGGUUCUAUUCUAUUUUGCUUUCAAAAAAACAAAACAAAACUUCAAAAAAAUAAACUUUUUGUGUAUUGCAGCAA